AAAUAAUUAGGUCAUUGUACAUUAUGGUAACCAAUGUAUACAGCAAGAAUUUCGCAUUAAAUGGAGAUGUUUCAAACACUGCUUUCAACAAAAUUUAGAUAGAUGAAUUGUAUUGACGGUUUCUGUGACCUAUACAUCAAGUCACCAGCAUUUGGGUAAUGUAGUGGCUGCAAUCGGGAAAGAACAUUAGACGAUUUAACUGAAGAAGAAAGUACAUUUCAUCAAUCAAAAAUACAACUAAGCUGAGUGAAUAAAUGGAACGUAUUAUAUUAAAUUGAAAUAUCAGAUGGGUGUCUGUAUAGCUUCAUUGUCCUCAUCUUAUCAUACAAAUAAAUUUAGCACACCGUUUAACAUGUGCUACAAAAAUAAAAACUGAAGUUAAAUCAUUCAAUCAUUCAAUUUCACUAAUGGAUUCAUCAUCAUUUCAAGAUACCCUCAACACUGAUCCAGAAUUAACAUUCGAUGAUUUACCGAUGCCAUUUAAAAUGUUAGACAAAUUAUUAUGGAGCAUAUUUGAGGAAACAUGGAAUUUAAUUGAAACAAAAGAGAAAUAUAAAAGUGAGCAAUUCAAUUUCCAACAAUCAUGUUUACAAAAACUGAAUGUGAAUAUGGACAUUGAGAAUAUUCACAUAUUUACAAUUGUUGGACAGUAUUUAUUUAAAAUAUUUGAAAAUCAAAUUAUUGUAUAUGAUGUAAACAGUUUGAAAUUGAUUUCGGAGUGGAAGUACUUGAAUGGACUUAACAGUUGCAGCGUAAUACGUACAUUUAAAACAAUUCAAUACGAUAAAAAUGUUAUUUUGCAGCUUAUUAUAAAUGACUCAGGUCAAAUAAGUCUUGUGAUGUUUGUUGAAGGGUUAUUCAUUCCAAUAAAGCAAUAUAACUCACCAUCCGAUGGUUUACUAUAUCAUACACUCAAUGGGAAGAUUUCACCGUGCGGAAAAUAUUUUAUCUCUUUAAAUGAAGAUUCAAUUAAUUCGAAAAUUUGGUUAGAAGUUUAUCGUUUACCAGUAGAUGCAUGGAUGAAAGAAAUUUUACCAAUCGUUCAAGAAUUUCAAAAUGCAAGAACAUUCACAUCAAGCCUGGAAACCUCAACUCAGGAGACAACCAUUAAUCUGAUCGAACGAAAAUCAUUUUAUGAAAAUCAAUUUCAGCUUAGUUCACCUAUGUUAUUAGGAAGAAUUAAAUAUCCAGUAAUGCCGCCAAGUCCUGCAUGUAAAUCAGUAACAGCAGCACUCAAGCAAGCUAAUGAUAAGGCUAAUCUUUUGAGUUACUCAAAUCUUGGUACUCAUUUGUAUUCCGAUGCAAUUAAUGAAUCAAACCAGUUGACAUUCAUCGAACAUCGAAAUUAUCCUUCCUGUUUAACAGCUCUUCCUAAACCACAGCUUGAUGAAAAGAAUUCAGUAUCCGUCCAAGGAUUCACAGAAAGCCCUGAAUCUACAAAACAGAUAUCUGAACCCACAACAGAAAGAAGUCAACCACACUCACCAAGUUCAAUAAAACAUCAAACUAGAAAUACAAAAUCUUCUAAACGUAAACAACAGCACAAAGAACAAACAAUAAAUGGACGUAAUAAUAAAAAAGCUGAAAAGAUUAACUCUAAUGUUGAAACUACCGAUGCAUUAUCAAAUAAAGACAACGAUGAAAAGUCAAAAAGGAAGAAUAAAAUUAAUAAUAAAAAACAAGAAAUUGAAUUAGAUAGUGAAACAAAUGUAAAAGAUUCGGUUAUUGUUGGAACUGAACGAGUAGAUGAUUCAUUGAAAAAAAUUCAACAAAAUGAAGAAAUUAGAAGACAGUUAAUAAAAGAUUUAAAUGAAGCACAACCUAAAUGCUAUCCAUAUUUUGAAUUCCUGCCAAUUAGUUUAACCUCUAAUAGUAAACUAUCAGAAAUUUCAUCUUUGACCAAUUUGUCUUACUCUGGAUCGAUUUGUGUUUAUUGGUCUAGAUCAUGUUAUCUUUUCUUUUAUCCUUUAGAUAAAUUCUCUAAAACCGAAGAAGGCGUAAUAGAAGAAAUACGAUAUUUCGGUUCAGAAAUAACUUAUAUUUCAGUUAUCUAUUCUAGUCAUUCCGUCAAUACACAUGAAACAUUCAUUGAUGAUAAAGAAAAUCUGUCAAAGAAGUCAGAUUUAAUUAAUUCGAGAAAUAAUUAUCUGGUGAUUGGUCUUCAAUCUAGAUUAGUUAUAAUUAAACAAUUACAGUCAGGGAGAUACUUACCCCUAUUUUAUACCGAAUUAGGAUCAUUGGUAGAUGCUGGUCUGUUGAUAAGUACCAAAUACAUCAAUCUACUUACUGCAUGUUAUGUAAAUGGGACUAAACACUCAACCAAGGGUGAUUUGAUAUUACGCAAGAAAUUCACGUUUGAUAUUUAUAAUUUAGAUGAAAAUCAAUUGACGUGGAAAAAAACCCAUAUUGUGGGAAAGAAGAACUUUCAUUGUGAAGCUAUUACCAUUUUAACCGUAGAUGAUAAUUUCACUGAACUAAAAUUGAGCAAGAGAACGAGGAUAAAAUUCAAUCUAAACUAUUUCGUGUUGACUUAGAAUUUAAACCACUUGAAAUUAGGA